AUGGUGCAGGCCGCUGACGCGGAGCAAGCGCCAGCAUCUUCGCAUGAGCAGAACGAGGCACAGGCGAACGCCGCCCCUUCCCAGAGCACGUUUGAAGCACUCAAGCUGGGCUCCCUCCGGCUGGCAUCCAUCAUCAAGCGCAGCGCCGGGGUGGUCAGCAGGGGCCCCGCCGCCGCCCCUGCGCCGGCAGCGGAGCCCGCGAGCAAGGAGGCAGGCGACGCGUCUGAUCAAGGGCAGGAGGUCGCCGCACGCACGGGCGAGGCGGCGCCGGCUGCGAGCUCAGUUCGGGCCAGCGGGAUCGGCGCCAAGAUUUUCGGCGAGCAGCCGUUGCCGCAGCUGGUGCUGGCCUGCUGCACCGCGCUGGCGGUGGGCGGCGGCGUCGCCGUGGCGGGCAUCUUUAAAGACGAGGCGCCGCACGAGGAGGUGGAGGCUGUUUCCACACUUCUGGCGGGCGGCCGGAUGGCGCUUAUUCCGCCAGGCACCAGCCCCCACGUCGUGGCGGCCCUGCUCAAGCGCUUCCUGUUGGGCCUCCAGGAGCCCCUGCUCACCUACAAGCUGCUGCCAGACUGGAUCAUUGCCGCAGGAGACCUAGGCCAAGUCGGGUCUGUGGCCGCACGCCUGCCGCCCGCCAGCGCCAACGUGCUGCGCCUCCUGCUGGAGGUGUGCCACCACGUCGACGCCAACGCCGCAGACACAGAGAUGGACGCACGGGCCCUGGCCGAGGCGCUCGCCCCCUGCGUGGCCUGGCUGCCGCCCUCACUCAAGCCCUACAAGGCCCCGCCGGCGGCCACACCCGCCCGCGCCACCGCUGCCCCGGACGCGCGCCCCGCGGCCGGCGCCGGCGCGCCCUUUGCGGAGGGGGCGGCCGGGCCGGCCAGCACCGAUGGCGGCGCCGGCCCCGGCGCCGUCGCAGGCCCGGACCUCGCAGCAGGCGGCGCGGGAGGCGGCGGCGGCUUUGGCGGUGCGGCCGUCUUGGAGGGCGCCCACCACCCGGUGGUCCCCCUGGAGGGUUUUGAUGCGGAGGCGAUCGUGCUGGUCCUGCAGGCCCUGAUCACGCGCUUCCCUGAGCUCUACAAGUGA